CAUCACCUGAACACUAAGGAGGCAAGCUGUCUCUCAUACAUGAGGUUUGAAAUAAACCAAAUGUCUGGAGGAGGAAAUACAGUCUUCAAGCUCUGAAACCAGAGGAACACACAAUCCAUCCUCCUGAAAUCCACCAGGAAACAUCAGGACUACUGCGGGUCUGCACCAGAAUACUGGAAGGAAACAGGAGGAUGAGAGGAGGAGGAGGGGGCACAUGGUCAGCCAGUCCCGCUGCCCAUCUGGGUCCCAUAAAGGAAACAGGAAAGCCAAGGACACCACAUGCCCCCCACCCCCUCCUCCCCAUGCUAGAUGCCCACUCACCCAUGCAGUGCAAUGGGGAGGCCUGUUUCCACACACCGUUCAGAGGAACAAUAAAAAACAGCCUUCAAUAAAGUUUAAGAAGCAUAGAAAUGCAACAACUAGAUCGGUUCUGCUGCAGGAGAAACGUGGGGAAAGUCAGCAGAUCUGCACAGCAUCAAGUUCCCGAGGAUCCGCGGCUCAUCCAGCUCCGCGCGCGCGCACUUAACUUAGAACAACCUCAGGGUUUACCUGCCCGCCGACAGGUGACAACUCACCGGCCCGGUUCUUCCGGGUCCGGACAGUUCCUUACCUUUAACGGAGCGCGGCUUGGCCUGCUUUCUUCUGGACAUCUCCGCUCCCGCACUACUUUCUCUCCUGAUUCUGGUAAUUGUUUCUGUUCCGUGUUCUCAGAUAACCAAAGCGGGCGGAUUAGCGUUCCUGCUCCUGAGCCUCCUCCUCCUCCUCCUCCUCCGCCUGUUGCAAUGCGGCACCUUCAGCCUCCAGGCGGCGGACGGAUCCCGCGGACGCCGGGAACGAGGCGCUCCUCGACGGCGCAACCUGUAGAACAAACGGGGAGAAGUUUGGCUCCUUCUGCGCGGAUCCUCUUCUUCUCCUUCUUCGUCCUCUUCUUUUUCUUCCUCCCACGCGCGUGGCAAGCACCUGAGCUCGGCUGGACCCCGCGCGCUCUAUUUCUGGAAAGUCUAUACCGAGUGGGGGUCCCCCGCUUCCCUCGUCCAGCUUGUCCCGGCGGGUUGUGGCGUCUUUCCAUCUGCGGUCAUUCCCAAUGUCCAGCAUCCCCAGGAAGGGGCCAGGUAUGGCUGGCGCAGAUGCACAGACAUAUAUUCUCACUGGACAAAACAAGGUGUUGGUGUCGCCCACAGGGAAAUCCUCACCUCCAGCCCCUGCGAAGUCAGGCCAAAGUCGUUGUUCCUGUUCGUCUGCCGCCAUUUUGGAACCCGACAACAGUGAUUGGUCCGAGUCAGUCUGAGUCACUUUUUAGAGGAACUACAGUCACCAAUUGGGAGUGAGCUUGUUAGAAGUCCACACCCCUCCCACUGAAAGCGGCUUGGGAGAAUCUGUCAAUCAAACGUCGCAGGUGGGACCAGCAGGCACCACGUCUUUUACUGAGGCAUCUGAUUGGUCAGUUUAUGAAUUGAAUAACUGGGAAUAAAGAAAAAAUAUCUUUAAAAAAAAUAUGAUUAGAAAUAAAUAAGUUAAUAAGAAGGUAACAGCAAGAAUGAUAAUUCUGAUAAAUAAAAUCAUUUCUCAAUGGAAGUCCAUGUGUUUAUGACUUCGUGGAACAA